AUGGUUAAAGCCAAGGCGGGCCGCGGUAAGUCGUGGUGUCCCUCUUCAGUGGACCUGCUGCUUGACAUCACUGUCGUGUCAAGAACCAAUAGGAAAAGGUUGCCCAACAUUUCGGCACCUGAGGCGAUUGCCCAGUGUCUGCCGCAUCGGGAUGUAGAAGCGCUAAAGAGAAACUUCCUGCUUCUCAAGAAUGUUCAGAAACCAACCGGCCAUCCCUACUGUCCCCCAACGUCCUGCGUGCAAAACGUCUGUAAAGCGAAAUCGAGAGCUCUGUGGCGGUCCUGUCGAUGGAUGCAACCAUUUCGAUGGAUGAUUAACCUGAAGACAGCGACGACUGUAGCGUCGGCCACGCUGCCGUCACAUCUACCAACUCAACUGGAUCAUCAACACGUUGAGGACGGUCGAACGGUUUUUCAACCCUCCGAGAUUCAAGCGCUGAGCGACAAGCUCAAACAUAAACAGCCCGAUACCGGUUGUUUACUGUCAUACACGGCAAAAAAGAGACGCUCAAUUGGCAAGUACAUUGAGCGAGCGUCGGAGUCAGAUGCGAAGGCGUUGUUCGACACGAUGACAUUCCUUAUGGUUAUGAGCGAGCGGGAUGCCAAGCGUGAAGAGAGGAGGUAG